GUAGGGUCGAUUUGCCGACCUUACUGACCAAAUAAACAGGGAUCGGUGUCCUUGUCACAUUUUCGCACUGACAGCACAAACUAGACGUUCUUGAAGGCUGACAGUUGUCUGCUGAGAGCUGGAAAGGGCUGUGUUAUUCGCCCAAAAAUAUCUUUUCCGACAAAAUCGUAGAGCGCAUCAUGUUUUCUCGUUCCUUCCUAUGCGCAGCAGUGCUCUCCUCGACAGCGUUUUUGCAAUCUCUCAGUUUUGCCAGAGGAUAUAAAAUUGCUGUGAUUGGAGGCGGCAUCGGUGGAACAGGAACUGCAUACUUCCUACGCAAUACUUUGGACCCACAGCCGCAGGUGGAUGUCUUCGAAGAGGAUGAAGUUGGAGGCCGCCUGGACUUGGCCACAAUAAGCGGUUUUCAGUACGAGCUUGGCGGAAGCGUCAUUCACCCUCGCAAUAAGCAUGUAGUUGAGCUUGUUAACCAUUUAGGACUGGAACAUAGACCUGACCCACCAUAUUCCAAAACGAGUUUCUUCGAUGGCAAGGAGAUCGUUUUCGAGGACAGCAGCUGGACAGUUGUAGAUCUGGCCAAAAUGGCCUGGCGGUACGGACCGAUGACUCUGUACAAGGCAAACAAGCAAUUGCAGGACAUGCUGGGACACUUUGACAGGAUCUACGACAUUCAGGAAAGCGGCGGUUGCUUCACCAAUUUGUCCGAGCUUCUGUCCGUCAUGUCCCCGACCUUUCCGGCGAUGACGCAGGCCUCUGCAGACACCAUCGAGGACCUCUCCACCGAGUUCAUGCGCGAAAUAGUUGGCGCAGCGCUCAGGUGCGAUUACGGACAGUACUCUGCAAAUGCAACCAAAUUCGUGACUUUCGUCUCGCUGGCCGGCUCUGAGGGCGGCCUCUGGGCCAUCGAUGGAGGCAACAAGCGCCUGCCGUACGCCUUGCUUGCCGCUGCCGAUGCUUUUCUCAUUCCGCAUAAGGUCAGGAAGAUUGAGAGGAGCCAGGAUGAACGCUAUUUGCUUCACUGGGAACAAGUUUCGGACACAUACGAUGCUGUGGUGGUGGCAGCACCUUUUGACGGGACUCUUGAGCUGCCGUCAAACAUGCAAGCCAGCGUACGACCCAUGGAGGGCAUCUGGGUGACCCUGAUCGAGGCCUCGGCGGUCAACUCAAGCUACUUUGGCCGUCCAGUGUCCGACGUGAUUGCUGUCGGUCCUGCCUGGUUCAAUUCGAUCAGCAGGGUCUGGCCUGUGGACGGCCGCACACCUGACAAACCUGUCUACAAGGUUUUCUCCGCUGAAAAACCUAGUCGUGAGCUGCUGGAAAGCGUCUUAGUGGACGUGGGACAGGUGGAACAGCACCACUGGCUGGCGUACCCGCACUAUGAUUGGUCUAAAAAUGCGGAUGCCUCGUUCCAGCUGGGUCCCGGCCUGUGGUACAACAACGCCAUUGAAUGGGCCGCCAGCGCCAUGGAGAUGAGCCUGCUCGGUGCCAAAAAUGCGGCAAACUGCGCCGCCAAGCACUUCGGCCUUGCGCUCAAACAGCCUAUUGACAAGGACGAGCUGUGACUCCUUUUUUCUAUGUUUGCUGAAACUUUGAUUUGAACUGCUGUGAUUUAAAUUUGUGUUGUUUUUUUCAAGACUGGCUAAAUUAAUAAAAAUUUGAAACAUUUAUUUCAGUUAAAAAA